UCAUCCUUUCUUUCUCUCUGCACCUUAUAAGAGCUCCCUGGGAACCUGUCGAUCGGUGCGAUCCUUUCUGACCAGCAAUCACAUUUCCGCGACGGUACAGACAUACACAAUUGGCCCUAAUCGAAACUAUUUGGUGAUCAUUUACUGCAACCGGUAGGCAAGGGGUAGCUGGGGUACCCGCUACCUAUACACAACCAACGACGCCAACGACUGCCCUCCAGUACCACAAGUGAUGUGGCUGCGAUGAUUGUUCUCAAAAAGUGUGUCCCAUUCGCCUGUCGCCCGAGUGCUGUGUCUCGAGGGACGCCUCGGAGCGCCAGGCACUUGUCGAAGACCUUGCAAGCACUGCCCCCGUGGCGGCGAGGUUUGUUGACACAGAGCUAUGCUCGUGGACCGCUAGAGGUACCCUUGUACUACGUGUUGAAUGUCUAGAUCGCAUGAGGCUAAUGUUACUUGCGCUUACCAUAAGCCUCCAUUGCUAGAAACCACCAUUGGGGAGCAUUUCGCUCAAAUUGUGAGCUCAUAUGGUGACCGAACAGCUGUCAUUUGCAAGCAUCAAAAUGACCGCGUAACUUAUGCCGGUCUCGAUGCGAAAAGCAAUGCCCUGGCACGGGGCCUGGAGUCUGUAGGUGUGCGCACAGGCGACCGUGUGGGAGUGAUGCUGGGAAAUUCCAUGGAGUUCUCCAUUGCAACUUAUGCGUUGUUUAAGCUCGGAGCCAUCCUCGUCCCAAUCAACCCAUCGUUCAACGCAACUCAGGUGGUCUCGGCAUUAAACCACCUCGAGGCCACCCAUAUGAUCAUUAGCACCGAAUCUAAUCUGCCGCGAAAAGAGCCCCGAAGCAACAUCCCCAUCUUACAACACCUGGUCCAAGACCUCCACAAACCAAAACUGGAGUCCGCACUCGUCCCAUCCCUGAAGCAUAUCAUCAUGGUCGAUAACUCCUCCGGCCGGGUGGACAUCUCCGAGUACAAAUCCCUGACGAAAUAUUCAUCGGUGAUAUCCAGCGCAAAGGCAGAUGAAGCCGCAUUGCCGCACCGAGAUCUAUCGCCCCAUGACGUGGUGAACAUCCAAUUCACAUCCGGCACCACUGCCAUGCCCAAAGCCGCCUGUCUGACCCACCGUUCGGUUCUCAACAACGGCUCCCAGAUCGGCGACCGCAUGCGCCUUACCCCGGAGGACAUCGUCUGCUGUCCUCCACCGCUGUUUCAUUGCUUCGGCUCCGUGCUAGGCUACAUGGCCACGGCCACGCACGGCGCGGCCGUCGUAUUCCCCACCGAGUCAUUCAAUGCCAGGGCAGCGCUGACGGCCGUCCAAGAGGAGAGAUGCACCGCGCUGUAUGGCGUCCCAACAAUGUUCAUCGAAGAACUGACCCUGAUCGACGACGGCGAGAUACCAAACGAAGGAUUCGGCCAUCUGCGAACAGGCAUCGCAGCCGGAAGCAGCGUGCCCGCUGCCCUCAUGCAGAGACUCCACAAGGUCCUAAACCUAACGGAGUUGACCAUCUGCUACGGCAUGACAGAAACCAGCCCCGUCUCAGUCAUGACGACCACCGACGACCCGAUCGACAAGCGCAUCAACACCGUCGGCAGACUCAUGCCGCAUGUCGAAGCGAAAAUCGUGAACCCCGCCGAUCGGAGCCAGAUCGUCCCCGUCGGUGUGCCUGGUGAACUGGCGGUGAGCGGAUACCUCUUGAUGAAAGGGUACUGGGGCGACCCGCAGCGCACCGCGGAGUCGAUGAUCGCGGAUGAACAGGGGAAGGUCUGGAUGCAUUCCGGCGACGAAGCUGUCAUAUCCCCCGACGGGUAUGUGUCGAUUACGGGCCGAAUCAAGGACCUCAUUAUCCGGGGCGGAGAGAACAUCCACCCGCUCGAGAUCGAGAACUGUCUAUUGACGUAUCCUGGCGUGCUGGAUGUGUCGGUUGUCGGUGUGCCCGAUGAGAAAUACGGAGAGGUCGUAGCUGCUUUCAUCAUUCCCAAGGAACAUCAGGACGAGGCUGCGCCUUUGACUGAAGAGAAUAUCCGGGAGUGGGUUAGGGAGCGGUUGAGCAAUCAUCUAGUCCCGAAGUAUGUUUUCACUCUGAAGCACUCGACCAUCUUCCCCAAGACCGCCAGCGGAAAGAUCCAGAAGUUCAAACUGAAGGAGGAUGCUAUCAAGAUCCUCCGGGAAAGGAACUCGUUAAGCUAACCCCGGCAUUUGAUGUGGUGAGUAGGAAUGGGACCGACAGGCACUUGAACUUGAACUC